UAGGUUUCCAUCAGAAUUGAGUUGAUGACUGAGGAGGACAACUAAAUCAAAACACUAUUAUUGGGCUUGUCUGUUCCUGACAUACUUCCACAGUUUUUAAUCAGUAGGCUGGUGUACCCUGUAACGUGUUACUAAUUAAUUCUGACAAGUUAAGGACUGUCUGAGUUAUGUUUUCUGUAUGAAACAAGCACGAAGAACAGUGAUGGACUUAAAAGUAGUAUAGGGCAUACUGCAUGAAAACCUGAAUAACCAAGCUCUGUGGUAUGCAUUAAUGGUUUAGGAGGAAAAAGAUAUGAUAAAAUGCUAGCUAUUUACUGACAGCUACAGGAAAUUAGAUACAAGAUAUGGAGUAACCUUUGACACGUGAAAAGAGAAAACACUAGUACUGGGAAAUAAAUGUACAUUGUGCUUUUGUAUUAGACAUCAAAAUAGGAGGUAAGACUGGAGAAGUAAUCACGAGUCUAUCUACUGAUUAUCCCAGGAGUAAGGCUAGAAUUCGUCACCAGAAGUAUUUAUUUUAGAUACCAUGAUUUAGAAUCUAGUUAUAAUUCUCUCUCUGAUAUGUUAUUCAUACUGUUAUCUGACCAUAAGAAAUGAUAUGUAGUUUAGCUUUGGCAUGAAAACUUCGGGUUUCCUCCAUGUGGCCAACACUCCCUAUUUUCUGCAAAGAUAUAUUGAAAACAGGAGUUUUAGAAGAUAUGUUUUCGGACAGUCACCAAGGAAAUUUAUUAUCCAUGGAAACAGCUAGAAUAUCAAUUUCUAAAUUUUAGCCAGAGCUAAAGAGAGAUUCAUUACCAGCCCUGUUUGCUUGAAGAAGAUUGUGAUUAUGACAUCUAAGAUCUAACCAUCCAUUACCAUCUUUCUUAGGAUUUUCUAGACGUUUUUACUUUCAGGCGACCUCGUAUCUAUUUACGAGAUAGGUUUUCAGUUAUCAGUUGUGAUUUGUUGGUGGAUGUUUGAAGUCUUUGGCUUCAAAUUGUUUGUCUAAAUCUAACAUGGAGGUAUUGUAUUGUAGUUUGGACUUCGUGGCAGGUUAAGCUUUGUGUAGUCUGGAGUUUAUGGCAAGGAUGGUACAGAUCAGUCCCUUUGUGUGAUGGGUUUUAGGAAGGUUGAUCCAGACCGCUGGGAGUUUGCCAAUGAAGGAUUUUUAAGAGGCCAAAAGCAUUUGCUUAGGACUAUAGUCCGACGGAAACCAACUCAUGGCCAAAGCCAGCAACCACAACCACCACAUGGACAGAGCUCAUCAGUAGGGGCAUGUGUUGAAGUGGGAACAUUUGGCAUUGAGGAAGAGGUUGAAAGGCUAAAAAGGGACAAGAACGUCCUUAUGCAAGAGCUUGUCCGGCUGAGACAGCAACAGCAGACCACUGACAAUCAAUUACAAGCAAUGGUGAAGCGCCUUCAUGGGAUGGAGCAAAGGCAACAGCAGAUGAUGUCGUUCCUGGCAAAGGCCGUGAAUAGCCCUGGCUUUUUGUCACAAUUUGUGCAGCAGCAAAAUGAGAGCACCAAGCGCUUAACGGAAGGCAACAAGAAACGGAGAAUUAAGCCUGAUGAUGGGCAGAUUGUCAAGUACCAGCCUAAUGUGAUUGAAGCUGCAAAAGCAUUGCUCAGUCAGAUAGCAAAAUCAGAGGUAACUCCUAGGCUGGAGACCUUUGACUGUAGCUCAAAUAGUGUUAUCCCUAGUGAUAUGUCUUCAGCAUUGACUGCAUUAGACCAUGGAAGUUCUCCAACUCAUAGCUCAGGAGGGACUCUUUCCAAAUUGCCACCAAUUUCUGCUCAUUCCUACGUCUCAUCGGAUUCGGGGGUUAUUCCUAGUGGUCCUUCAACCUCCAUUUCUGAUAUAAAGCCAGUAACUUCGGAUGCGCUUAUCACCGCACAACUUCCUGAUGUCAGCUCACUAAUUGGAGCACAUGAGUUACCGUCUGUGAGUCUUCCUUCCAAUGACAUCAAUAUCCUGGAUAUCUCCAAGUUUGAAGAAAUGAUUUCAGGAAGCACUGCCAGUAAUCCUACUGGUAGUAAUGGUGCAUUUCUAGAUCCAGCAUCAUUGGAUGCAGAUCAAACCAUGCCCCUUGACCUUGAUGCUCUCUCUCCUGAUCUAGGUAUCGACUGGGAUAGCUCUUACUUUGAUGAGAUGCAGGCACUUAAUUCAGUUGAGCCCAGUUGGGAACAGUUUCUUGAACAGACCAUGUUGAAUGAAGACGGUGAGGCAAUGGAUUCUACUUUAGAAGGUCCUGCACAGGAAAACAAAGUGAAACCAUCGGACGGUGAAUGGUCAAAGGCUCAGAUGCGAAGUCUUACUGAACAGAUGGAUCAUCUGUCUUCGAACAGCAAAAAAGCCUGAUUCUAUUAGUGCAUUAUAGACUGAUGUUUCAUGGUAGUGUCCGAGCGUUCUCGCGAAAUUAUAAAUCAAAAUCAUCUUUAUACUAAUUUUCUCCCUUCUAUCAUCAUCGUUCAGCUCAUUUUGAGCGGGAAGUUUUUUAUAGUUGUUUUCGGUUGA